UAAAUUUCUCGAGUUCUUCUUGCUCUGUUAACGUUCCUUGGAGCCGAAGUAACAGAGUAAAACCCUAGAGACUAAGUAAGGUGGAGAAGAAGCAGCAGCGGAGGUUCUGUAUACACACUCUGAUGGCGGAGCCCGAAAGGAUGGAAGGAUUGCCGUCGUCUGGUCUGGUAUUCUUCAUCAUGAAGGAGUAAAAUUAUAGGGAUUUCUUCUGCAUAAAUGGGAAAUCCCGCUUUUGUUUGACCUGUAUUGUGUUACAGGAAACGAAGGAGGAGGAGGGACGGACCAGAUUCCCUGGCAGAAACCCUUAAAAAAUGGAGAGAACUCAAUAAAGAUUUUGAUUCAUCUGACAGCGAACGGACCCGUAAGGCUCCUGCCAAGGGCUCAAGAAAAGGGUGCAUGAGAGGCAAAGGAGGUCCAGAGAACUCUAAUUUCAGCUAUCGCGGUGUUAGGCAGCGCACUUGGGGCAAGUGGGUUUCUGAGAUUAGAGAACCAAAUAGAGGAAAUAGACUGUGGCUGGGUACCUUCCCCACUGCACUUGAGGCCGCUAUUGCUUAUGACCAGGCAGCAAGAGCAAUGUAUGGUGCUGGUGCUCGUGUCAACUUCCCCAGUGAUCAAAUUGGCUCCCCGGAUGAAUCAAGAAUCACAGCUUCCAAAUUAUUAUAUGGCUUGACCGCCACUACAGCUAAUUGUUCGAACGUGUCGGUUGAUUUGAUUGCAGCUAAUUGUUCAAUUGUGUCGGAGGAUUUGAUUGAGAGAAGAAGCAAGGAAGCUGCUUCUGAUUGCACUCCCGCUGAACCUUCUCAUGUUGGAUCUUCUGCUAUGACUGAGGAAAUUGGAGACAUGACAAAUGCAGAAUCGUUCGAUUGGCAAGAUAUCUCCUUGGAAAAUUUUGAUGUAGAUGAGAUGCUGAGGAUGAUGGAUGCUGAUCCAGGGAACACUGGAAUAAGUGCAGAACCAGAAACUGUGGCCGGUUUAACUGAAGAAACAGAUACUGAUGCAGGUGGGCGUUGUACCAGCAGGACUCCUUCGGCAGCAGAUAAGCUUGGAAGUUUGGGUCAAAUGGAGAAUGAAACAAACGAUAUUUGUUUCAUCUAUGAAUUAAUUAAACAAUUGAAUUACUGGCCUGCUGGAGACCCAGCAUCAUUCAGUCUUGGGUUCAACGAUGGAGCAGAAAUGAAUGCUGGUCGGCAUUGUAGCAGCCCAUGCCAUGUGGGGAUGCAGGGAACUUCGAGUCAUAUGGAGAAUGAAACAGAUGAUACUGGUUUCAUCUAUGACUUCCUCAGACAAUCGAGGCAAGAGCCUGAUUACUGGCCUGCUGGAGACCAGGAAUUAUUCAGCAUGGGAUUCAACGAUGGAGGCCGUUUGAUGAAUUCUGCAUCAGAUUGUAUUAAUUAGUUGUGUUCAAUUUGUCGAUUGUUUCAUUUAGUUCAUAGUUGAUGCAUUGUAAUCAAGGAUAUCAAGGCAUAGUGGUUCUCUUCUAA